GGAAGUUCUAUGUGUGUGCGUGGUGGUUGUGUAAAUAAUAUUGAACUCCACUCAGCGUGUGUGAUGAACGUGAUGAUAGUUAAUAAAAUUGUUAUCUUGAUAAAGUUUUGAUGUAACCGUUCGCGCAAUUUUUAAUCGAAAUCGCGAAUGAAUCUUUUAUAAUUGCCAAUCAAACUAUGUGGAUGUCAUUCAUCCAGAAAUUUUUUGAAAAUGUACUAUUCCGACAAGACGUGAAUCCUAGAAUGAUGGAACCACCCACAAAAUCAAAGGUGUGGACACCAUCUGAAUUUCUAGACUCUACAGUUUCUGAAUCCACUGAAGCCAACCAUGCAAUUGUCGUGUUGAAUAGAUCUAUUGACUUGAAACCAACGCACACUAAACAACUAUGGGAUAGAGCCAAGUGUCGCUGUCUUGUCGAUGGAGGAGCCAAUCAGUGGCUAGAGUUUCUCAGAAAAAAUCCCGACCUAAUUACCGCUGAAUAUCCUGAAUUGGUAACAGGAGAUUUCGAUUCGAUCACCGAUUCAACGAUGGCUCACUUCAAAAGAUCACCAACAACGAACGUCAUCCAUACACCGAAUCAGGAUCACACUGACUUCACCAAAUCAUUGAUGGAAUUGUCACCUUAUAUUCAAAGCGACAACAUAGGCUCUGUGGUCGCCCUAUUGGACACCUCUGGCCGAAUCGAUCACAUUUUCGCCCAUAUCAGUACAUUAGUUAAGGCACAGGGAUUUUUGGACAAUGUCAACAUAUUCAUUCUAUCGAGAGAUUCCAUCUCAUGGCUGUUAAAUGUGGGCAGUCAUGUCAUUCAUAUACCACAGGACUUUGUUGAUCAACAAUUUUGGUGUUCAUUUGUACCGAUCGACGGGAAAUGUUGUGUUUCGACGACUGGACUUAAAUGGAAUUUGGACAAUCAAUUCACUCAAUUCGGUGGUAUAGUGAGUACGUCGAACACCUAUUCGUCAAAUGUGGUGACUUUGCAGUCAGAUGGUUUAUUGUAUUGGUCAAUGGGAAUAACAAAUGAAGAAAGCUGAACCGGCUAACGAUACAAUCGAACCUGUUAUUUAGAGUAUUUAAUUAUCCGUGGGUUAGGUGAUAGCGAUCGAUGGGAAAGAAUGGUCCAGCUGAAGUCGCAGAGUAUGUUGUAAGAUUUAUAAAGACCUUGGCUCUAUUAUUCGUCAUUCCAUUUUUGAUUUCCGAGUUAAACUUAUCGUAAAAAUGAUCACAAUCGGUCGAAACGAGCAGUCUCAUCAAUAUUGAGAUCUAUUUACAUUACCCCUAAAGCCUUUGUCGUAGUUUUAUUAGAUUUGCUUUAUUAAUUUGCUCAUCGACACGACCUAUGUUAGAAAUGUUUGUCCCUAUUUAUAAACUUCCACAAGUACAACCCUCAUUUACUUGUGUUUCUUAAACGUUAAAGUAGUUGAUUUACCGAAUCUAGUACUUUAAGGUCAAUAGAAGAAGCAGAAAAAGAAUAACGAAUCAGUUAACUGUUUCUAAGCUAGUUUUGUUGGCUCUAACCGCAUCUGCAAAAUAUUUUAUUCAAUUGUAAUACACAUGAGAACAUUAAGAUCUUAAGUGGCAAUUCGUAAUCAGAA